CAUUCACUAAUUUUUGUCAUGGAGUGGGGGAGAUACCGUUUUUUCGGCACUCUUCAAAGGAAAAAACAAAUAUUGUGAUUUUAUUUUAAUGGGAAGGGAAGUUAAGAAUGAGUCAAUGUUUCAUAAACAAAGUUUAGUACAAGAAAGAAAGACUUCAUUUUUUUUACCAUUUCAUUGUUAAAUUAACGUCAAUCUGCUUUGUAUUUUAUCAAAAUAUAAAAUAACAAUCUCGUUAUUUUCAAGUGAAAAUCUUCAUCAACAGUUUGCUGUAUAUAUAUAACGAGAUUUUUUACAAUAAUGACGACAACACGAGAAGUGGAAACUGCAAUUCCUCUGCAGUACAAUGAUUCUCAUUGGAAAGCGAUUUUUGAAAAAUAUGACACGGACGGAGAUGGAAAAAUAUCGUAUCACGAAUUGAAAGCCAUGAUUCGUGGUCAAGGAUUCUCAAAUGAUAUUCCUACUCGGGUUGUUCGAAUAAUAAUGCACAAAGCUGAUGUUGACGAAUCUGGACAUUUGGAUUAUCCAGAAUUUAUCAACAUGAUACACCAUCAGGAUUUUCAAGGAAUAUUCGGUCACUUUGUGCAUCGCUAUGUGCACUCGUUGGUACCCCAUCGUCCUAGUAUGGGAGGUGUUAUGAGGUCAGCGAGAUAUUCGAGCGAUUUGCCAGAUGGACAGUAUGAGGAAGAAUACAGUUGUCAUCCGCCAGCAGUGGCGAUGAUUAUAAUUUCAAUAUUGGAAAUUAUUCUUUAUUUAAUUGACAUUAUCUCGAGGAGAGGAUCAGUCCCUGUCGAGGGACCUGCUGCCGUUCUCUUCAUUUACAAUCCUUUCAGAAGGUACCAAAUGUGGAGGUACAUCACCUACAUGUUCGUCCAUGUUGGAACUUUUCAUUUAGUGGUAAAUCUCCUGGUGCAAAUAAUGCUCGGCAUUCCACUGGAGAUGGUACACAAAUGGUGGAGGGUGCUGAUUAUUUAUUUAGCGGGAGUUCUUGCCGGAUCAUUGGGAACAUCAGUCUCCGAUCCUGGUGUUUAUUUAGCCGGUGCAUCGGGUGGUGUUUACGCAUUAAUUACGGCGCACGUCGCAACAAUUCUAAUGAAUUGGCGUGAAAUGGAAUUUGCCGUUCUUCAAUUAUUAGUGUUUGUUGUUGUGACCGGUGUCGAUGUCGGUCAAGCGAUUUACAAUCGUUACACGGACGUUAACAAUCAAAUUGGUUACGUUGCUCAUUUAGCCGGUGCAAUUGCUGGUCUUCUCGUUGGAAUAAAUAUUCUUCGCAAUCUUGAAGUUCAACGAUGGGAGAAAGUCAUCUGGUGGAUCAGCAUCAUUACCUACACUGCCCUAAUGGCCGUUGCAAUUUUUUGGAAUUUCCUCAAUCCCGAUUAUUUCCCAUCGGCCAAGUAUUAAUUCUUUGAAAAUUUUCUUUUCCGAAAAUUAUUUUCCCCUUCCGAUAGGAAGUGAAUUUUUUUUUAUUCUAAAAUUCUUGAUGUGUUCAUACAAUUUCGAUUGUAUUAUUUACUAGUAUUUGAUUUUUUUUGGAAAAUUUCCAUUCCAAGUAUUUUUUUUUCUUUCUUUCAUCGAGUAUUCUUUAUUCAUUUACAUGGUAUAUUUUUUAAAGACAGGAACUUUGUGCUUGAGCAUUAAAAAAUAAUUUACGAAAAUUAGUAUUAAAAUUGGUUAAAAAAAAUAUUUUUUUGUAAUUUGCGAAGGUAUUAAAUUUUGUUUGCAAAGAAGCAUAAAUCGUAAAGUUCCUGUCUCUAUUUUUAUUUUAAAUAAAAAUUGCGGUAAAGUUAUUUUUACCGAAUUCAGGGAUACAAACACCGUCUUAAAAUUAAACACAAUUUUUUUUUCAUCUAAAUAAAAAAAAUGGUGUUUACUUUAUGAAGACUGUCAGGAAAGUAUUAUACAUAAUGUAGAUUAUAAUUUUUUGGUGAUUUUUUAACGCACAAAGUUUAACAAAGUGAGUGAAAUUCGUUUCAUUCUGUAUUUUCUUCUUCUUCAAAAUAUCAAGAAAAACAUAUCAGUUUACAAUUAUUUUUUUUUAAACACAAAAGUGUGCAUUGAUUUUCAAAAUGAAUAUUAUACACAAAUUUCGUGAUAAUUGCGUCCAUGAUUUAGUAUUAAAAUAUUCUAUUAUUAUUUUUAGUUAACUUUUACAUAUUUCUUUUUAUUUUAUCAAAAAAUAAACAGUAUUUUUUGGGGUAAAUUUUAAAAAAAAUAAUAAAUUCAAUUCACAAAGUGUUACUUAAAAAAAAACGAAUGCAUUUUAUAUGAGACCUUAUAUUCAAAUAUCUUUCUGGUAAAAAAAGUAUUUACAAAACAAUAUUGUAUUUUUAUUUUCGAUAGACAGUUUUUUGUCUACGAACGCUUCUUUUUUUCUAUUUCUUAUAUAAAAUUAAGAAAAGGUCUGAAAAAAUUUUUAUUCUUUUGCACAGUGAGAUUUAGAGGAUCUAUUUUUUAGAAGUUCUAUUCUUUAAAAAUAUACAUUUAUAUUUUUAUUAUUAUUAUAAUUAUUAUAAUUUUAACUAUUAUUAAGUACCAUGUUUAUGCCAUAUUUUAUAAAUGUUUGUACUCUUUUUACGUCUAAGUCUGAAACCAUAUUCUGCCUUUGAAUGCAAUAGAGUUUUGUACCUGAAUGGCAGUGAUAAUUGCGCAGUAAAUAAGAAAAAAAAAGCAACGAAACUUUAUUCUAAGGAAUUUUCGCAAUGAGUAAAAUAUAAGUUAUACAAUUAAA